CUCGGCACCCGCGCGGGCGCGGAGGAGAUUAAGGCGCACCCCUUCUUCGAGGGCAUCAACUGGGCGCUGCUGCGGCAGCAGACCCCCCCCUACGUGCCGCGGAAGACCGCGGCGCCGCCGGCCGCGCCCGGCGCCGUGGACGGCGGCGGCAAGGCGGGCGCGCAGCAGGGCGGCGCCGGUUUUGACAACUUCUGA